GAUGGCCAGAACACAUUCGGUUAUUAACAAUACGGCCGCGCAGGAGACGAAUCUCUUGGGAACGACUUGCUUGAAGAGAGCUUGAUAAGAUUAGUGCAUCGUAGCCGGUCUCUGGAGAAGGAGAUUGUUGGAGGAUUAAGGUUUCUGCUCGAGUGGCGCACUUACGGACGGAUCGAUGGAGUGUUGUUUGAAGGGCAAAACGAUUGUAGUGACCGGAGCUGGACAGGGCAUCGGAAAUGAACUCUGCCGUACGCUGGAUCAGAUUGGGGCGAAGGUGAUUGCGGUUUCCCGGUCCCCGGCACCACUGGAGCAACUGAAAAAGGACUGCCCCGCGAUCGAGACCAAGCAAGUGGAUCUUUCCGAUUGGUCAGCAACGCGCACUGUCCUUGGUGGACUCGGGAAGGUCGAUGGGCUGGUUAACAAUGCGGGUGUUGCCAUAAUAAAACCGUUCUUCGAGUUAACGGAACAGGAUUUCGACAGCACGUUCAAUGUGAACGUAAAGGCAGCCUUCAAUGUGGCACAAAUGCUGGCCACCAAAAUGGACUCUGGAGCCAGCAUCGUCAACGUUUCGUCGCUGGCCAGUUCCAAGGCGUUCCACGGGCACUGUGCCUACACAAUGUCGAAAGCGGCCAUCGAUGGACUAACGAAGAGCUUGGCGCUUGAGCUGGGGCCGCGUAAGAUUCGCGUGAACAGCGUGAAUCCAACCGUUAUCCUGACACGCAUGGGACGCGAUAAUUGGUCUGAUCCGGCAAAGGCUGACCCGCUGCUGGCGAAGAUACCACUGGGACGUUUCGGGGAAGUGCACGAAGUCGUUGAAUCGAUCGUUUACCUGCUGAGCGAUCGAUCGAGUUUCUUGAACGGCCACUGCCUGCCGCUGGAAGGUGGAUAUUUGGCCGGUAACUAGAGCCCCAUCAAGAAAGACAGCGACAUUCCAUUCAAUUCUUUAAAUACAUUGGUUUUAUAUUUCGAGCGUUGAGUGAUGGACAUUAAAGCAUAAAUAAUUCACCGCAAAUGCGACACGAAGAUUAAAUGAGAAUAAUGCUGAAGGAUGAAUCAACUAACUUUGUCUUUCUUGGCGUUUGUCUGUCGGGAUUCGGGAUCACUGGCAAGGAUUUUUUGUUUGUUUAUGGUAGUUGUUUCUGGAUACUGAAACUGUUUAGGUUUUCUUACAGUUUGUGCGGUUUUUUCGUGUACUGGCGUGUUCUCUGGCUGUAAGUUGUUCGUUAUUUGGCAUUUGCUUGCGUGCUGAUAUAAUAUCUU